AGACUUUGCAUUAUUAUUUUUAUUUGAAAUAUUUUCUUUGAACCAAAAUAUUGAAAAACAUCACACAAUAAUAAUUCAAUUGGUGUCAUUCUUUUUUCAUUUACAAUCAAUUUUGUUUUAUAAAUACCUUGCAUAAUGAGUAUUAAAUCGAAAAUAUCAUCCAUUUUAUGGAUGAUAUUAAUAAUAUUGAAGAUAAUGAAAUGUGAUGCUCAUCCAUUCAGUAACAAUCAAGAAUCAAAUGAUCCAUCAAGAUGUAUGGAAUUUGAAGUGAAUGAAAUAGAUGCUAUUACAUUUUUGAAUAAUGGUUCACGUUUAAUUGUGAUCGAUAAUGAUUAUUGGUUGUUGAAUAUUAAUCGAAAAGAACUGCCAACACUUCAAACUAAACGGCCUAUUAUUGAUUUGAUUGCUCCAAUUUGGCGGCCAUCUUUAGAGACAAUACUUCAAACAUUAAAAAUUAUUGAUUCAAAUCGAUCAGAAAUUGAUUUGGCUGAAAAUAAUCAAUUUCGUAUUGAUGCCGCUGUCAACAUUGAAAUGAAAGUAGAAAAUGGUCGAUGUGUUCCAACUAAUCAGUUGUUAAUUUAUUCAACAUUACCCAAUAAUAAUGGACCAUUGAUCACUGUUCACGAGAAUAAUUAUGUUUACAGUUCACAAAAUUUACUUGAUUUUGAUUUAUUAAAAGCGGCAAAAUCUGUGGAUUUUACUAAAAAUAUUAAUGGUAUGACUUAUUUCAAUAAUAUGACCAUCAUUUUUCAAGGUAAAUAUUUCACAACCAUACGAUGUGUAAAGGAUAAAUGGAUAGAAGUAUUACACAAAGAAAUCGAUCAAGUAUUUCCAAAAGCAAUGAUCGAUCCAGAUUCGGUUGAUAUGUCAUCACCUAAUAAUGAGAUUCAAUAUGAUAAUACUUAUGUAUUAUUAUUUUAUCGUCAACAAUAUCUGGCAUGCUCGGUGCUUGGUGAUGCUCCAUGUGAAGGACCUUAUAGUGUUAUGACCGAGUUAUUUAAUGCUGAUCACUUUUGUUAUACUAUUGAAGUUAAUGAUCGUUAUAUGAUUUUCUUCUUAGCGAUUCUGAUUAUUAUCGUGGCAAUUUUAGCAAUAAAGUUUAUGAUUUCACGUGUUUUUAAGAAACCUGUAAAUAUAGGCGAAAAACAACAUGUAUCAUAUGCUUCAUUAAAAACUGGUAAUGAUAAUAAUGCAACAAAUGUAAUAGGAAUCGAUUCUGAAUCGAAACAAUUGUCGACAACAAAUGGAAAAUCAUAAACAUCCUUGACUACCGUCAUCAUCAUA